GCUUGAGUGAUAGAGAUCGAGUAAGGGUUCAAGAAGAUUGGAUGAAAGGAGUAUAUCCAGUAAUAAGUGCUACUGUCAGUUUUGGAAUGGGUGUAGAUAAAGGUUCUGUGAGGCUAGUUGCACAUUGGGGUGUUCCUCAAAGCAUAGCCGGAUAUUAUCAGGAAUCUGGAAGAGCUGGUAGAGAUGGCAAGAUGUCCCGUUGCCGAAUUUACUACUCAAAGCAGGAAAGAAAUGCAGUUGAUUUCUUAUUGCGUAAGGAAGUAAGCCAUGCUAAAACAGAGGCGAAAAAGGAACAAGCUAAAGCAACAUAUAAGAGCUUUGAAAGAAUUAUAAAUUAUUGCCAAGAAGCAAAAUGUCGCCACUCAGUUUUUGCAGAUUAUUUUGGAGAUGAUCCACCAGCAUGUAAAACAUUAAAAGUCUGUGAUGUGUGUCAUGAUAAAAAUUCUGUUGAGAAAAUGAUUGAAGAAUUCAUAUCUAACUUAGGGUCUAAACUAACAUUCUCUGUAAUGGGUGAAGAUUCAUCAGAUCUUUAUGGUGGUGGAAGAUCGGGAAGUAAGAGUGAAAGUACGUAUUAUGAUGAUGACAAUAGUGGUGACGACUCCCAUCUUAAGGAUAAGGAGAAGAAGGCAAGGAAUUCCCUCAUUCAGAAACAGUUUGCUCUUCGAAGAUCAAAUCAUGUUAGCAGUCAUUGGUCUGAAGAAAAUGUAGAGGCUUUAGCUAAAAGCUCUCGAGUGCUCUCUGCACAGAACACUGGCAGGAAGAUAACCGGCUUAAGUGUAGUGGUAAGGGAGAGCUACAUGACUCUAGUAGAGGGAGAACUUACAAAGAAUUUGAGAAAGUGUGGGGAAAUUGAUCCUCCAGAUCAAAGUCUAAGUAAAGAGGAUGUUGAAAUGUGUGCUCAACAGAUAGAGUACCAAGCUUUUACUGCUAAUAAAGUUAUUAGUCUCUACAAAAGAGCUAUUGUAAAAGAGAUUGCUUCUAUAAAGAAAAGUGCAGAGCUAAUGAAACUCCAUGAGAGCUUACACAAAUUUGAGCGAAAUAGUGCAAUGGUUCAAAAUUCCAAUGGAGCUAAUUCUCUUUCCCAAAUAGUCAAUGAAAUCAAGAGUAGCAUGGAAGAAGAAAAAAAAUGUGGAGGUUUCAUGACAGCAUCACAGCUUAUAGCCCAAUAUGAAACUUCCUCCACAACGAGCAAGAGUGAAUCUAAUACCAGUGAGAAAUCUCAACCCAGCCUCCCAAAGAAAAAGAAAUUUUCAGUACAAAAAGACAUGUUACAACAGACAUCUGUGGCUUCAUUUUUUGAAAAGAAACCUCAACGGCAAACACAGGAUACAAUUAGCUCAUCAGAAAGUGAUGAUGAUGAUCCAACAAAUUUCCAUAAUAGUGAUGGCAAAAGUGCAUCCCUUGUAAUAGACUGUGAUGACACACCAGAAUCCUGCAUCGAGGAAGCAUCAGGAGAAUCAAAUGAAGGAAAGCUCAUUGUACCAAAUAGUGACCACAGUAAUUCAUCAUUUGGAGUCAAUGGAGACUUGAUAAAUAAUGAAUCUGAAUCAGAUGUUCAGAAAAUAUCAACUAAUGCUUGCCAACAAAUAGAUCUUUUAAGAAAGAGGAGAGUUUCAUAUUUUGAGAAGUUGAACAAGAAGGAUGAAACUCCUUCAAGUGCACCAUGUACUCUUUUGGAUUUGUGGAACAAAAAUUCCUCAGACGAUAUAGAAGAGUCUGAGCCUAAAAAUCCAGAUCAGCCUGAAAAAUUUUCACGAGAUGACGGAGAUGUAGAACAAUCAAACAUUAAGGAAAAAAAAAGAAAACUUGACCUGUUAUUUGGAGACAGUGAUGAAGAUGACAAAGAAAAGCUUCAGAAGAAAAUGACUAAACCAGAAGUAGUCCCCAAAAGAGGGAGUGUUGAUAAAAGAGCCAAUGUAAAAAGCAAAUCUAAGAAACCCUCUGAAAAUGAUGUGGAGUUAAAGCGCAUGGCGGAGUUGGUUGUGAAACUACUUAUGCCUUAUUAUAAGAAAAAGAGAAUCACAACCAGAGAUUUAUUUAAAGCCCUAGCUCGUGCCUUAUCACAACAUGUGUCAAAGCUUACCAAAAGCACUGAUGUGGUUGGUGUACAGAAAAUUAUCAGCAAAUUCUUUGAAACACACAAAAGCGUCAGCAGUAACACUGACUUUGCAGAUUUAUGAAUGGUGAACGGUACCUUGAUAUUGAGCUUUGACUUCAUCGUGUUUGCUUUUUGUGAGUUUGUACAUUGUUUUCUUUAUCACUUUUUAAACCAGCUCUGGGCAGCUGUCUUACAUCCUAUAUGUUGUAUUAUGAAAUGAAAUCAAGGUACAUACAUGUACAAUGUAGAGUAUUUUAUAAGAAAUCCCAUGUGAGAUUGCAUUUUUCAAGUGUAAUAUGCCUUACAUGACUGUGAUAAAAUUUUAAAGCCAGUGUUUAAUAAACAACCUAAAAAUCUUGGAAAUACAUAAAACUAUUGUGUAAAGAUCUCCCACCAAGGUCAGGCUUCCUUAUUGUUCAUUUCUGACAACCAGAAAUCAGAAUGGCAUGUUUUGUAACAUUUGUUAACUUUGAUGGAAUGAGGUUGUUUGGCUUGAGCAAAGACUGACAGAAGUUCUAUUUGAAAUUAAUUGGCAUUUAUUUCAAGGUUUCAAUAUUUGUUUUAAAUUAGUGUAACCUUUUCACUGUUUGUAGCCUCCAUAUAAUAUUAAGUAACAGUGGAGGACAAUGAAGCCCAUAAAAAGUUUUUAAGUUCAUGUCCAGUUCCUACAACCAUUUUUUUCUUUUUACAGUGCUCACUGUUACCUGUAACUAUUUAACUUGCUCAAUAAAAUAACUUUUCAACAUA